GGAAACGAGGAGCCAUUCACAAAGUCCUGCUUGUGGAGCUGCUGGCAAAAGCCACUUCCUUUGUGGUGGAAAAAACCCGAGAUAAAUAAGAGCGAGGAAGCCCAGCUCUGACGUAGCCGCAGUUACAAAACCAGUCCCAGCUCCCCCACGACCCCACUGCGGCUGGGGAUCUGCUGAGGGGCACACCAGGAACAGGGGCACCUCCUGGGGACCAGGGGACCUUAUUCUAUAUGCUGCUGCCCUGGGGGGACCCGCUUCAGGGGAUGGAUCCAAAGGGAGCAUGAGAUGCCAAGACACCGGCGUUGAUCCAAUGGAAAGCCCCUGCCUGCUGCUUCUCCAAAGCUAACAGUUAAAGACCACGUCCUCCCUCCUGCCCAGAAUCAAUCCAUGGAGGCGAAUGCCAUAUCCCCACCUACUGCACCACCCGUGCUGGAGACUGAUGGAGAGAACCCAUGCAGGAUAGACAUCACCGAUGUGGCUAUGGACACUGCCACGCUGCUCAUCUGCCUCUGUGGGAUGGUGGGGAAUGGGGCUGUGCUCUGGCUCCUGGGCUUCCGCAUCCGCAGGAACCCCAUCACCACCUACAUCCUCAACCUGGCCGUGGCCGACUUCACCUUCCUCCUCUUCAUGGUCACCUCAGUCCUCCUCUACAUGAUGGAGAACAUCUUCUGCUUCACUUUUGAGACCUUAACAUACCAGAGGCCGCUUCUCCUGCUCUCGCUGUUCUCCUACAACACAAGCCUGUACCUCCUGAUGGCCAUCAGCAUCGAGAGGUGCGCGUCCAUCCUCAGCGCCAGCACCUGCUGCCCUCAGCGCUUGUCAGCCCUGGUGUGUGUCCUGCUCUGGGCCCUCUCCAUCGCUGUCAUUGCCGCAGUGACAUCUCUGUGCCUCUUGCACGAGGACGGUCACUGCCGCGUGGCUCUCAUCUCCAUGUACGUCCUCAACUUCCUCAUCUUUGCCCCACCGAUGGUUGCUUCCAACGUGAUCCUCUUCAUCAAGGUCCAGUGUGGCUCCCAGCAGCGCCAACCCAAGCGGCUCUACAUCGUUAUCUUCCUCACCGUCCUCUUCUUUCUCAUCUUCGGGGUUCCCCUCAGCGUCUGGAACUUCCUGCUGCAGUUUGGCCACGCGGCCGGGCCAUCCCAGGCUGUUUUCCUGCUCGCCUGCAUCAACAGCAGCGUCAACCCCUUCAUCUACUUCCUGGUGGGGAGCUGCCGGAGGCGCUGCUCCGUGGUGCCCCUGCAGGUCGCCUUCCGGAGGGUCUUUGGGCAGCCAGAAGACAACAUCGCCUUCAGCAGGGACACAACGAUGAACGCGCUGGCCUCCGCCUAUUGAAGCCAUCCCAGCACCCUGCUUUGGGCCACUGGGACUGUAGCUGAGGCUUUCCAGAGCAACCAGACUGAUAGAUGUCGGCAGCAUGCCAUGCAGAAG